AUGAAGAUUAUCUGCGCUGCUAUCCUUCUUUUGGCACAAAGUGCCUUUUGCUUUACAACACGACAUGCAAAAUCGGAUAGAUUCGGGGCAAUGAUCUUGAAUGAGGCCGAAGAAGAAACGCCUUCUCCUGAGAUUGAAAUGGAACAAGAAGUUAUCGAAGAGCCUGAGAACCCUUUCUUAUACAAAGUCACCACUGCAAACGGUUGGAUUCCGGAUGAAUCGAAGCCUUGUUUCGGGCUUCCUGGAGUGGUUGCUCCUACAGGAUACUUCGAUCCAAUUGGAUUCUGCCAAACUGGAAUCAGCCUUAACGAUGUCAAGAGAUACCGGGAAUCAGAGGUGAUGCAUGGUCGUGUUGCCAUGUUGGCCGUUGUAGGUUAUCUUGUUGGCGAGUCAUUCGGAGGACCUUUCGGCCUCUCUGGACCUGCUAACGAUCAACUUGCACAGCUUCCUCUUCCGGUGCUCCUGCUUUUUGGUGCGGGGAUCGGCGCCGUGGAGCUCAAACGAGCAACCAUUGGAUGGGUUGAGCCCACAAAAUUCAAGAGUCUUUGGGCUCUGAGAGAAUCUUACUAUCCAGGAGACGUGGGAUUCGAUCCUUUGGGAUUGAAGCCAACAGAACCAGCAAAGUUCGCCGACAUGCAAACGCGAGAACUUCAAAAUGGUCGACUUGCCAUGAUUGGAGUUGCAGGUUUCUGCAGCCAAGAACUUGUCAACCACAAAACAAUUCUUGCUACCAUCGAUUUUUAUCAGAAAGUAUACUCUGGAGUCAACCCAUAUGACUACUAA